AUGAAUAGUAAUGAACUUGACCUAAGAUACAGCUAUUUUUAUGAAAUAUUCGGAAAAAAAAGAAAAUCAGACACAUCCAUCCCCUCUCAGCCGUCCUGCAUUAAGGUUCAACCAACUGUAUAUGAUAUUGCACUCGAGGACAAUGAAGAUGAAGAUGAGGACAAUGAAGAUGAAGAUGAGGAUUCAUUCAACGGCCUCUCACUAGCACAUGACGUUGGUGCACAAUAUAAGGCCCUACCGAAAUCCUCCCGGCAGCAGUCAAAGGCAUCUCCAGCUCUUCGUGUGUCAACAAAUUUUAGUCCAAAUCCUCAAUCCUUCGCAAAUGAUCCGAACAACUAUAAAAAUAAGAUGAUUUCAAUGUAUGAUUUGAAUAAACAAGAAAAAGAAUGCGCGACCACCACACCCACCACGACUCCCUCACCUUCUCAAAAGAAGCCCACAUCACUUCCUCACAUAAGGAAACAUUCGUCUCCCUCGAUAUUAUCAUUUUCUAGACACAAUAGCGGUCAUGCCGGAUAUCCUAAUCAGUUCUCUACACCUUCAACCCCCAAUAGCGCAGGUCACACAACAGAUCCACAGGAAACAUUCCACAGAAAGCCCAGUACUUCAAGCACUUCUUCUUUAUUUGCAUUGGAGUCAUUAAAAAAUCAAAAUAGGCGCUCAUCGAACUCUUCCAAUCAUUCCAAUCCGUAUCAACGCCAUAAAAACCAGCAUCACCGUCAUCACUCAAGAUCUAAAUCAAGUCCCAUUUCCCUAUCAGAAAUAUCUCUAGUCAAGGGAACCCCUUUGGUUUAUCCUGCACUUUUGUCUCUAAUCGCGAUUAAGUUCAAACAGACUAUUCAAUUGAGCACCCACAAGAAGAUGGGCCUCCUUUACAGGGAUUCGUUCACAGGAAAGCAAGCCAUUGAUACUUUAUGCUUAAUUAUGGGAACUUUAGAUCGUAAUUUGGGGUUGUUGAUUGGUAAAUCGUUAGAAACUCAGAAAUUGUUCCAUGAUGUUCUUUACGAUCAUAGCAUAAGAGAUUCAAUACUUGAAGUUUAUGAACUCUCUUCAGAUUCGAUUUUCAUAGCUCAUCAAUCACAUAGUUCUAUUUCCAUUGCGAACACAUUCUCCUCUUCCUCUUCUUCACUUAAUUUAGCAAGUACUAAGACUGAAAUAAAUGGUGUUUUCGUCCCAUUAUCCCAUUGUUAUUCCCCUACAUGCUCUUUGGAAAAGCUUUGCUACUCGAUCUCUUGUCCUGAUCGUUUGCAGCAACAGGCAAACCUGCAUUUGAAAUUAGGUGGUGGUCUUAAGAGGAACAUCUCAUUGGCACUUGAUAAAGAUGAUGAUGAGAGAAUCUCUUGGACCAAUUCCGUACCAAAAACUAUAUGGGAAUCGUUGCCAAUGAAGCAAAUAAAAAGGCAGGAAGCAAUGUAUGAGUUGUUUACUACAGAAAAGAACUUUGUUAAAUCUUUGGAAAUAAUUCGAGAUACCUUCAUGAAAAAAUUAUUAGAAACAAACAUUAUUCCAGCCGAUGUAAGAGUGAAUUUUGUAAAGCACGUCUUUGCAUAUAUCAAUGAAAUUUAUUCCGUAAAUAGAGAAUUUUUAAAAGCUUUAGCACAAAGACAAGCAUUAAGUCCAAUUUGUCCCGGAAUCGCUGAUAUAUUUUUGCAGUAUAUUCCCUUUUUUGAUCCUUUUCUCUCUUACAUAGCAUCGAGACCAUAUGCCAAAUACCUAAUCGAAACGCAACGGUCAAUUAAUCCAAAUUUUGCACGUUUUGACGAUGAAGUGUCCAAUUCUUCUCUAAGGCAUGGGAUUGAUUCAUUCCUUUCUCAAGGUGUUUCAAGACCUGGAAGAUAUUCACUGUUAGUUAGAGAGAUAAUACAUUUCUCAGAUCCAGUGGCAGACAAAGAUGAUUUGCAGAUGCUAAUGAAAGUCCAGGAACUAUUAAGAGAUUUAAUGAAAAGAAUUGACAGGGCGAGUGGUGCAGCACAAGAUCGUUACGAUGUUAAAGUCUUGAAGCAAAAAAUACUAUUCAAAAAUGAAUAUGUCAAUUUAGGUUUGAAUAACGAAAAAAGAAAAAUCAAGCACGAAGGCCUGCUAUCGAGAAAGGACGUGAAUAAAGUGGACGCAUCGUUUUCGGGAGACAUUCAAUUUUACCUGCUUGAUAAUAUGUUAUUAUUCCUAAAAUCAAAGGCAGUAAAUAAGUGGCAUCAACAUACUGUAUUCCAAAGACCCAUUCCAUUACCUUUAUUGUUCAUAUGUCCUGCCGAGGAUAUGCCGCCCAUUAAAAGAUACGUGAUGGAAAAUCCGAAUUGUUCAGCCGGCGUGCUUUUACCUCAGUACCAAACAAGCAAUACCAAGAACGCCAUAACGUUUGCCUAUUAUGGUACGAAACAGCAAUAUCAAGUUGCAUUAUAUGCACCGCAACUUGCUGGAUUACAAACAUUGAUAGAGAAAGUGAAACAAGAACAAAAGAGAUUUCUUGAUGAAACAAAACACAUUACCUUUAGGCAAAUGACAGACCAGUUUUUUCAUUCGUACACGAAUGCUAACCACAUCAACGAUGUUUUGCUAUGUUCCGCGGGUGAAAUACUGUUGGUUGCGACAAACCUCGGACUAUAUGUCAUUAAUUAUGGCACAUCAACCAAUAAAAAACCAAUUCAUCUUCUGCAUAAAAUAUCAGUAUCGCAGGUCUCAGUACUGGAGGAAUAUGAGAUUAUUAUUCUUUUGAUUGAUAAAAAACUUUAUGGGUGUCCUUUGGAUAUAAUAGAUGAUGCAGAUAAUGCCGAUUCCCUUUUUAAAAGGAAAUCUAGAGUGUUACUAAAGUACGUUGCAAUGUUUAAGGAUGGUAUUUGUAAUGAUAAAAGGGUCAUUUUGGUUGCGCAUCACUUUCUGCAUACUGUGAGGCUGUUGAUCGUAAGCCCUAUAAUAUUUGAUUUUAACAACAGUGAUUUUAAAAAGAACUUAAAGGCAAGUUUAGUGGAAUUCAGCGUCGAUUCUGAACCUUUAUCGUUUUCAUUUUUAGGGAAUAAAAUUACCUUUAGUUGUAAAAGAAAUAUCAGAAUGGUGAAUAUGCCCGAAGCAUUCAACAGAAAUGAAAUUAAAGUGAGAGAACUGUUAAAUCCCUACAAUGACAAGUUUCUAUCGAGCUUGUAUAAGGAUGCAUUCAAGGUAAUCUCUAUAUUUCUAGUGAAAAAUAGGUAUUUUAUUUGUCUUCCAGGGCUUGGAUUUUUCCUGAAUAAGCAAGGAAGGAGAGAAGAAACGAAAGAAAUUGUUCAUUGGGAGGGGGAAGCAGAACAGUUUGCGUGUUUUUACCCCCAUAUUGUGGCAAUUAAUAAUAACUUUAUUGAAAUUAGAGACAUUGAAAAUGGAGAACUUGCUCGCUGCGUACUCGGAAAUAAGAUACACAUGUUAAAGGCAGAUACCAAAAAGAUUUUAUAUAGUUAUGAGGAUUCUCAAGGAUUUGAAAUCAUUGAAUCACUAAAUUUUUGA